AUGGAGGAAGAACCACAACCAGAGAAGAAGCAGCACAAGGGCGGCUACCGACAAAUCAACAAGGCCCUCAAUAUAUGUGCCUUUGAGGAUUAUCUUGAGGCACAACUGUCGACUUUACCGGACAUUGCUUACGUUGAGCAAAUCAGUGCGCGAGUGCUACGAAUUCUAGGUCAAAACGCUGGCAAGUUUACCCUACAAGGCACAAAUACAUACAUUGUCGGAACCGGCUCCCAGAGACUCAUCAUCGAUACCGGUCAGGGUAUCCCAGAAUGGGCCACUCUGCUCUCAACAGUUCUCGCUGAAUGCAAUAUUACUCUUUCCCAUGUUCUCCUUACACACUGGCACGGCGACCAUGCUGGCGGCGUGCCUGACCUUGUCCACCUCUACCCUCACCUUUCCGACUCGAUCUACAAACACACUCCCAGCAAAACACAACAACCCAUCGUCGACGGACAAGUCUUCAAUGUCGAAGGUGCUACCGUUAGGGCUCUUCAUUCUCCAGGUCAUUCACACGAUCACAUGUGCUUCAUCAUUGAGGAAGACAACGCCAUUUUCACUGGCGACAAUGUGCUAGGUCAUGGUACGGCUGCCGUCGAGAUGUUAAGCCUAUGGAUGGACUCUCUGCGUCUCAUGCAAAAUCAAGGAUGGAAGAUCGGAUAUCCCGCCCACGGUAUGGUAAUCGAGAACUUGCCUGUCAAGAUUAAUGUAGAAUUGGCUUCCAAGACAAGGCGAGAGAAGCAGGUACUACAAGCAUUGACCAAGAUUAAGAAGAGCACCGGGUCAGGAAAGGGGGAUGUCACCGUCAAGGAACUCGUCACUGCCAUGUACGGUGAAGGAAUGGCGGACGAGGUUCGACAAAUGGCUAUUGAGCCGUUUAUAGAGGAAGUAUUGAGGAAACUCGCAGAGGAUGGCAAGGUGGCGUUCACAGUCAGGGGAGGGGUGAAGAAGUGGUUCAAGAUUGCUUUUGAUUAA